AUGAACCCAGAGCACUUUACAAUGCCAGAAAGGAUGAAAGUAGAAAAAAAAAACAAGUACGUGUUGUGGGUCUAUGUCAGAAGGGCACAGAAGUCAACUAUAAGAGCUUCCAGUGACCAAAGUUUGAGUAAUCUGAGCAACAGGCAGUGGAGUCCAUCAGCAAAGGCCUCUAACUUUAAGAAGACAAGCAUGGCAUCAUCUAACCAUCGACAAGAAAGGAUGAGUUCUAAGCUGGAGCUGACAGAAGAACAGAAACAGGAAACCCAAGAAGCUUUUGAUCUCUUUGAUGCUGAUGGAAUUGGGACCAUAGAUGUUAAGGAACUUAAAAUGGCAAUGAGGGCACUGGGCUUGGAACCCCAGAAAGAAGAGAUAAAGAAAAUGAUAAGUGAAAUCGAUAGGGAAUGGACAGGAAAAAUGAACUUUAGUGACUUUUUGACUGUGAUGACUCAGAAAAUAUCUGAGAAAGAUACCAAAGAAGAAAUUCUGAAAACUUUUAAGCUCUUCAAUGAUGAUGAAACUGGGAAGAUAAGAUUCAAAAAUCUAAAGCAUGUGGCCAAGGAGUCGAGUGAGAACCUCACUGAUGAGAAGCUGCAGAAAAUGAUCGAUGAAGCUGAUCGCCAUGGAGAUAGAGAAGUCAAUGAGAAGUUCCUGCACGUCAUGAAUAAGACCAGUCUUUACUUAGAUCAGCCUCUUCUUUUCAUAAUUGUGUGA